CGCCGGGCGGGGGCCAUGGCCAGCGCCGCCGAGACCCCCGGCAAGGCGGCCGAGUACCUGCAGGAGCUGACCCGGAUCGUCGCGGCGCAGCAGGAGCUGCUGGCGCGCCGGCGGCGGCGCAUCGAAGAGCUGGAGCGCCAAGUGGCGCGGCUGAGCCGCGAGAACGCCGGCCUGCUGGAGCGGCACCGGCGACACCUGGCCGCGUGCGCCCGCCGCCCCGACCCCGGCCCGCAGCCGCUCGGCGUCAUCCCGGAGCUCGGUAGCCGCCGCGACAAGUCUGAAGGAGAAAGUUCCCGGAGUGUCAGGAGCUCCCUGGAGACCGGAAGCAGCCUGUCCACUGACCGCUACAGCGUGGAGGGCGAGGCCCCCAGCAGCGAGACCGGCACGUCGCUAGACAGCCCGUCUGCCUACCACCAGGGCUCCCUAGCGCCUGCUUCCAGUCUGAGCCCCGACCGCUACGAGCACGCGUCAGUGGGAGCCUAUGGGCUGUACUCGGGGCCGCCGGGGCAACAGCAGCGCACACGGAGGCCCAAACUGCAGCAUUCGACUUCCAUCCUGCGCAAACAGGCCGAGGAGGAGGCCAUCAAGCGCUCGCGGUCACUGUCUGAGAGCUAUGAGCUCUCCUCCGACCUGCAGGACAAGCAGGUGGAGAUGCUAGAACGCAAGUAUGGGGGCCGCCUCGUGACCCGCCAUGCGGCCCGCACCAUCCAGACGGCCUUCCGCCAGUACCAGAUGAACAAGAACUUCGAGCGCCUACGCAGCUCCAUGUCGGAGAACCGCAUGUCACGCCGCAUCGUGCUGUCCAACAUGAGGAUGCAGUUCUCCUUCGAGGGCCCGGAGAAAGUGCACAGCUCCUACUUCGAGGGCAAGCAGGUCUCUGUGACUGAUGAUGGCUCUCAGCUCGGGGCCCUGGUGCCGUCUGAGUGCGGCGACCUUGGCGAGCCUCCCACCCUCAAGUCUCCCGCCCCGUCCAGCGAUUUCGCGGACGCCAUCACGGAGCUGGAGGACGCCUUCUCGAGGCAGGUAAAGUCCCUGGCGGAGUCCAUCGACGACGCCCUCAAUUGCCGCAGCCUGCACGCCGAGGAGGCGCCAGCCCCCGACGCAGGGCGGACCCGGGACGCCGAGCCCAAGCCGGCCCUGCACAGCGUGGACCACCACAAACUGGACGAGAUGACGGCCUCGUACAGUGAUGUCACCUUGUACAUCGACGAGGAGGAGCUGUCACCGCCCCUGCCCCUCUCGCAGGCAGGGCACCGGCCACCCAGCACGGAGUCGGACCUGCGGCUGCGGGCUGGGGGCGCCGCACAGGACUACUGGGCUCUGGCCCACAAGGACGACAAGGGGGACACGGACACCAGCUGCCGGAGCACACCGUCACUCGAGCGGCCGGAGCAGCGGCUGCGGGUAGAGCACCUCCCGCUGCUCACCAUCGAGCCGCCCAGCGACAGCUCCGUGGACCUCAGCGACCGCUCGGACCGUGGCUCGCUCAAGAGGCAGAGCGCCUAUGAACGCAGCCUGGGCGGGCCACAGGGCAGCCCCAAGCACGGCCCUCUGGGCGGCCCCCCCAAGAGCCUUCCCCGGGAGGAGCCAGAGUUGCGGUCCCGGCCCCCCCGGCCCCUGGACAGCCACCUGGCCAUCAACGGCUCGGCCAACAGGCAGAGCAAGUCAGAGUCCGACUACUCCGAUGGGGACAACGACAGCAUCAACAGCACAUCCAACUCCAACGACACCAUCAACUGCAGCUCCGAGUCGUCGUCCCGGGACAGCCUGAGGGAGCAGACGCUCAGCAAGCAGACCUACCACAAGGAGACCCGCAACAGCUGGGACUCCCCCGCCUUCAGCAACGAUGUCAUCCGUAAGAGGCACUAUCGCAUCGGCCUCAAUCUCUUCAACAAGAAGCCUGAGAAGGGCGUCCAGUACCUCAUCGAGCGCGGCUUUGUGCCCGACACACCAGUGGGGGUCGCCCACUUCCUGCUGCAGCGCAAGGGCCUCAGCAGACAGAUGAUCGGCGAAUUCCUGGGCAACCGGCAGAAGCAGUUCAACCGGGACGUGCUCGACUGCGUGGUGGAUGAGAUGGAUUUCUCUGCCAUGGAAUUAGAUGAAGCCCUCAGGAAGUUCCAGGCACACAUCCGGGUCCAAGGGGAGGCUCAGAAGGUGGAGCGGCUCAUCGAGGCGUUCAGCCAGCGGUACUGUAUCUGCAACCCCGGGGUGGUUCGGCAGUUCCGGAACCCAGACACCAUUUUCAUCCUGGCAUUUGCCAUCAUCCUGCUCAACACAGACAUGUACAGCCCCAACGUCAAACCUGAGCGAAAGAUGAAGCUGGAGGACUUCGUCAAGAACCUUCGAGGUGUGGACGAUGGUGAGGACAUUCCCCGGGAGAUGCUGAUCGGGAUCUACGAGCGCAUUCGCAAGCGGGAGCUGAAGACCAAUGAGGACCAUGUGUCCCAGGUGCAGAAGGUGGAGAAGCUCAUCGUGGGGAAGAAGCCGAUUGGAUCCCUGCAUCAUGGGCUUGGCUGUGUGCUCUCUCUGCCCCAUCGGAGGCUGGUCUGCUACUGCCGGCUCUUUGAGGUUCCAGACCCAAAUAAGCCUCAGAAACUCGGACUGCACCAGCGAGAAAUCUUCCUGUUUAACGACCUCCUGGUGGUUACCAAGAUCUUCCAGAAAAAGAAGAAUUCCGUGACCUACAGCUUCCGACAGUCCUUCUCCCUGUACGGCAUGCAGGUCUUGCUCUUCGAGAACCAGUACUACCCCAAUGGCAUCCGGCUCACAUCUGCUGUCCCCGGGGCAGACAUCAAAGUGUUAAUAAACUUCAACGCGCCCAAUCCUCAAGACCGGAAGAAGUUCACUGAUGACCUACGGGAGUCCAUUGCCGAAGUGCAGGAGAUGGAGAAGCACAGGAUAGAGUCGGAGCUUGAGAAGCAAAAGGGCGUCGUGCGGCCCAGUAUGUCCCAGUGCUCCAGCCUCAAGAAGGAGUCGGGCAACGGGACACUGAGCCGGGCCUGCCUGGACGACAGCUACGCGAGCGGGGAGGGCCUCAAACGCAGUGCCCUCAGCAGCUCCCUGAGGGACCUCUCCGAAGCGGGGAAGCGAGGGCGUCGCAGCAGUGCGGGAUCGCUAGAGAGCAAUGUGGAAUUUCAGCCUUUCGAGCCACUGCAGCCGCCAGUGCUGUGCUCCUAAGCCGUGGGACCCGAGGACUGCCCCACGGCCCCUGCCCCGGUGGAGAGCCCUUUCAGAAAGGGCGAAGCUAGUGCGGGACUCUGCGGGCCCCGGGCUCCACGCUCCGCGCUCCGUGGAUGGCGUGGCGUGGCGUGGCGUGGCGUGGCCAGACGGCAGGACGACCAAGGGGAGCUCAGCCGGCGGGCCGACCGGGGCGGGGCGGUGGGGGAUGCAGGGUCCUGCCCAUUUCCCUCCCCACCCACCCCUUUGUCAUAUCAUCGGGGUCACCAUACCAGCAAAUCUGCAAACCGAGCACUUUGUUAAUCUCCACAGAGAGCAAAUACAGCAAUCUAGAGUUUAGCCUUUUUUUUUUUUUUUUUUUUUUUUUUUGGAAGUGUGACUUUAACCUGCCCACCUUUAUCUUCCCAUCAGUGUCAUGUUUCUCUCCCAGGCCUCUGCCUGGAAGGAGAGAAAUCAACAGCACGGGUGUGUCUGAUUUGGUCCAGGCCAGGCUGGUGGGAGGCUCCCCGCUCCCACUUGCCCCUAAAUUCUUAGGUUUUCCUGCAGAGUCAGGCUCCCCGAGGCAUUCUCUGUCUUGCAGUUUAAAGGAUGUUGUUCUGACCAGGAAAAGUCAAAUUGUACUGCAUGCCACCCGGCGUCAGUCCCGCGAGGCCACACUCUAUGUAUUGUGUAUUUGCAAACUAUAUCAGUGUUACUGUUGACAAAUAGUUGAAGUAAAGUGGUAACAUAUGAAAUAUGUUGGCUUUUCUUCACCCUCUGUACCAAUAGUAAAGUCUAACUGUAAACUCGAGGUUGUUCCAGAAAAGAUACAGGCUAUUUGGCACCAGAUUACCCUUUCCGAAGGGAUGACCAUGAAUGAAAAACAAGAGAGGGCAAAGCCAAUGGCGGGGGAGGUGGGGGUGAGGGUGGUGUGCUCUGUCCGUCGCUGUCCUUCGUGCUCCGCUGGCCAUUCAGAACCCUCGCCUCCAAAGCUGCCAUCCAUGUGUCCUGAAGCUAUGUUGGGCAUCCCAGGGCCUGAUCUAGCAAAAGGGCACUUCUGGAAUGAAUUCCAUUUCUCCCCGUGUUUCCAACUGGACACAGUGUGUUGGGCUCAAGUCAGUGGGUUUCCUCACUGUGUUAUAUUUACAAACUUAUCGUGGGAGAUGCUUCCAGAAGGUACAUUGUUCUAUUAAGGAGGCUGGAACCACGCUGCCAAGUCUCAUUUGGGCAGCGAAAGCCUCUGGCAAAUUGCUGCCCCCCCCCCAACCUGCCCCCACCAUCCCCAGUGUUGCUUUCAUGGGACAGUUCCUUCUAGACAUGGCCCUCCACAGAGUCGCAGGUGUGGGGGCCUGUCAUCCACCCCACCCCCACCCCUGGGAUAGGCUGCAGGAUGUGUGUGUCAUCCCUCACCACUGUCAGGACACACUUGUGACAUUUUUCUCAAGUUGCACAAAUCGUUGCAAUUGAACAGACCUUUGGGCAGGAGCAGGAGACCCUAGCAGAAGUGGCUGAAGAUCUUUUCUGGGACAACAAGUCAUGUCUUUGUAUUUUUUUUAAGUUUAUGAAUGAAUUGUACAACAAUGUAAAAAUAAAGUUCAUCCUAAUAUGUGCACAUCUCGCUUAAAAAUGUCUUCAGUCAUCCAGUGUUGAGCGAUUUUUUCCAUCCCCACGCUGCAUGCAGCAGAAGCCUCUUUUUCUCUAAAACGAGCUGAAAAGAGACAGCAGAUACUUAAACAUGACCCUAGGUGUUGACUCAGCAUUCCAUAUGAAGCUGUGUCUCUACAGGUAAGCAUGCAUCUUACAGUUUUCGUUGUAAAAUACCAUCACCCUUUCUGCCCGCGAAAGGAGUAAUUCUGUAAAGUGUCUUCAAUCACAACAAUAAUCAAGGAAACAAAUCCAGUGUGAAGUGGGGGUGGCGAAAAGGGACAGGCGGGAGGAGCUGUGUACCCCUUACCUGGCGGGCGCACCCAUUAGCCUACCUGCGGCCACAUCAAGGUCCCAUGCAGGACCCGUCUCCUCCUGGGAACUGUUGUUCACCUUCUAGUUGUUUUAAACGCUUAGCAUCAGGUCUCGAACGCGGACCGCUCAGAGACUUCGAGAGACAGACACACCGCUCCCACGAGGCCCAGCGCCUGCUGUGUAACUUUGGGCAGGAAAGGAUUGCUUUUGUUUCUAUAUGCAUUCUGUUUGUGAGUAGUAGCAGACUCUAUUGAUGUAAAACCAUAGCUGUGAUCAUGUGGAGAAAUCGAAUAAAUCCUUUAAAAUUC